CAUUAUUGGUGAGGUAAGAUUGGGAACUCAGAAAGAGAGAUAGAGAGAGAGGGCUUAAGCAAUUAGGCGAAAAUGUAUAGUGGCUCCAGCGAUGGCGAGGCAUCGACGCAGCGGAAGAUUCCCGCGGCGUCUUCAAUGCUCUGGGUUCGUAAUCUCCGCCGCUUCAUCGGAUCCGGCGCCGGUCUCGGAUCUGAAGCCCUCAUGGAACUAGAGACCAAAAGAAUUUUGCUUGACAUAUUCAAAGCAAAGCAACAAAAGAGCGCUGAAGCUGGCACCAUUCCGAGCUUCUACAAGAAGAAACCCGAAGAAGGUUCCAUCAGUCAUAGAGUCCAGAGGCUGGCCAAGUAUCGCUUUCUCAAGAAACAAUCUGAUCUUUUGCUGAAUGCCGAUGACCUGGAUGCAAUGUGGGUUUGCCUGAGAGAAAAUUGUGUAAUCGACGAUGCCACUGGUGCUGAAAAGAUGAAUUAUGAAGACUUCUGCCACAUUGCCUCCGUGUGUACAGAGCAGAUAGGCCUUAAAUGUCGGCGCUUUUUCAGUCCCUCAAAUUUCAUGAAGUUUGAGAAAGAUGAAUCUGGACGAAUAUCCAUCCUCCCUUUCUACCUCUAUGUGAUGCGCACGGUUUCUCUCACUCAAGCCAGAAUUGAUAUGAGUGAGCUUGAUGAGGAUUCAGAUGGAUUUCUUCAGCCUCACGAAAUGGAAAAUUACAUAGGAGGUCUUAUUCCCAAUUUGGCGCAGUUGAGGGACAUGCCUGAUGGUUUUGUGCAGAUGUAUUGUCGCAUAGCUGCCCACAAAUUCUUCUUCUUCUGUGAUCCUCAUAAACGAGGAAAGGCAUGCAUAAAGAAAGUCCUGCUUAGUAAUUGCCUUCAAGAGCUAAUGGAACUACAUCAGGAAAGCGAGGAAGAAGCAACGGAUACUGAACAAGCUGAAAACUGGUUUUCAUUGACAUCUGCUCAACGCAUAUGUGAUAUGUUCCUCGCUCUGGAUAAAGAUAUGAGUGGAUCACUGAGCAAACAGGAACUUCGAGAUUAUGCAGAUGGGACAUUGACAGAUAUUUUCAUUGAAAGAGUGUUUGAUGAGCAUGUCCGGCGUGGAAAGAAUGGUAAUGGUAAUGCUCGCGAGAUGGAUUUUGAGAGUUUUCUUGACUUUGUUCUCGCAUUGGAAAAUAAAGAUACUCCGGAAGGGUUAACAUAUUUGUUUAGAUGCAUUGAUCUAAAUGGGAGGGGGUUCCUCACGACGGCUGAUAUCCACACAUUAUUCAGGGAUGUUCACCAGAAAUGGAUUGAAGGUGGCAACUAUGAACUUUGUAUCGAGGAUGUGAGGGAUGAAAUCUGGGAUAUGGUCAAACCAGCCGACCCAUUGAGAAUAACACUAGCCGAUCUACUCGCUUGCAAGCAGGGCGGCACAGUUGCAAGCAUGCUUAUUGAUGUGCGCGGAUUCUGGGCACAUGACAACAGAGAAAAUCUUCUCCAGGAAGAGGAAGAACCCGAAGAGGAACAAUAGGCUUCAUAGUCUUCAGAGCCACUUUGUAACAACGCAUGUUGCAGAUAAGGUGUGAUUUAUAAAAAAUGUGUAGUCUCGCUCUGUUUGUUUAACGUAUCAUAACCUGUAGGAAAAUUGUGGAUUUGUAAGCUAGGCUUAAAGAACCUAUUGGUAAGAAUUAUAGUAUAUGUAUAGAUACAUCGUGUAAUUGUUAUAUCGCCUGUCGAGCUAACAUGCAGUCUAUGAUUUUAUUAACAGAAUAUAUAUUUGCCUUUUAAACUA